AUGGGUUCCUUGGAGACAACCACCCCAACAGCAUCCCGGUCCAACAUGGAGCAAUUUCUCUGCGAUCGGUUGCUCGACCAGACCCAGCCCAUCCACGAGCGCUUUCGAGCUCUCUUCUCUCUCCGUAACCUCAAAGGCCCUGGGCCCCGCAACGCUCUCAUUCACGCAACAAGAGAUUCUUCAAAUUUGCUGGCUCAUGAGGCUGCAUUUGCGUUGGGUCAAAUGCAAGAUUCUGAAGCUAUCCCUGCUCUGGAAGCAGUUCUGAAUGAUCUUUCUUUGCAUCCUAUUGUUCGCCAUGAGGCUGCUGAAGCUCUUGGUGCAAUUGGUUUAGAGAGUAAUGUUCCUCUGUUGAAGAAUAGUUUGACUAAUGAUCCAGCUCAGGAGGUUAGAGAAACUUGUGAACUGGCUCUCAAGCGGAUCGAGGAAACGAAUGCAACAAGCUCUGUUGAUGGAUCAUCUGUGGCAGAAAAAUCACCCUUUAUGUCUGUUGACCCAGCUGCACCAGCUGCUUCUUGCUCUUCUGUUGAUGAGCUGAGGGGAGUUCUUCUGGAUGAAAAAAGAGGCAUGUAUGAGCGCUAUGGUGCUCUUUUUGCUCUUCGUAAUCAUGGUGGAGAUGAAGCUGUUUCUGCUAUAGUUGAUUCUUUGGCUGCAAACAGUGCACUGCUUAAGCAUGAGGUUGCUUACGUUUUGGGCCAAUUGCAAAACAAAGUUGCUUCAGCUGCACUUUGUAGAGUACUUAGAGAUGCAAAUGAGCAUCCAAUGGUCAGACAUGAGGCUGCAGAAGCUCUUGGUUCCAUUGCAGGUUGGAGAGAAAUGGGAGAAUCAUAUGAUGGUUCUCACGAAAGCAACUCCUUGCAAUUAUGUGUGGGUGAUAUGAGCAAAGUGUUGCACUUCUUGAGGAAUACGUCAAAGGAUCCUGAGCUUCUUGUUGGACAAAGCUGUGAAGUUGCUCUGAGCAUUCUAGAAUUUGAAAGAUCGGGAAAAUCAUUUGAGUACCUCUUCAUGCAAGACCCUCUAUACAAUCAGUACUUGAUUGAAUAUGGUCUGAAAUGGGAACCGAAGCAAUUUGGAGCAGCUGUGGAGCUCCGUGUAAGAAUCUGA